AUGAACGCCAUCCAGGACGAGAAGAAGGCCGCCGCCCGCGCCGCCCACGCCGAGAUUGCCCGUCUGCGCGCCCAGCUGCGUGACAAGGAUGCCGAGAUUUACCAGCUCCAAAACGCCACCAUCAUCCUCGACACGGACAGGAUAUGGGCCCUCGAGAAGGAGCUCGACGACCUCAAGGACCAGCUCGACAACAAGACGGUCGAGAACAGCCGCACCUAUGCCUGGACGCUGGCCGCCAAGGACCCUUUUGCCGAUGACGGCAUGGACACGGCGACUGAAGACGACGACAACGACGCCGGCGGCGAUGACCGCUUCGACGACGACCGCUUUGGCGACGUGACCAUGGCCGAACUGGCCUGCAGCACGCCGACCCGCGCGAGGACCUCGUUCCCGACGCCGCCCCUGACGAGCCCUGCCCUGCCGAAGACGCCCUCGGCCUGGCGCGCCGCCAUCGUUCAACCGCCGACGCCCGACGCCCGUGACACGGCCGUGCAGGUGUCGCUGCUCGACCCGGCGAAGCAGGACCUCGAGACGAAGUCGACUCGAUGA